AAGGUCUUGAAUCCAUACAAAAUAAGAUCAAAUUACAUUUAGUAUUGUAUUUAUUCUUAUAUGGCUUCCUAAUUUUUAUUAUCGAUGGUUGAUUGUAGGUGUUUCACUUCUCCAAAAAUACUGCAAGCAUCUUAGGAUGUAGUCUGGCUAGAAGCCCUUUAAUGUGACUUGGUUUUUUGUCCUUUACUAGACCUUACCUUCCUCUUCUAAUGUGCCACAGUCUUGGUGUUACUCCUAAGACUGAUCUUAGCUUUAUUCCUAACUUUUCUGAGGCAAGGCUCUUUUUGAAGAAGGUCCUGAGAGGAUGGCCUAGGAGCUCACUGCUUCUCCUCAUUUGAGACCUGUAGUGUAGUUUCUGUCAUAACAUCUCGUACGCCCAUGCAAAAGCCCCCAGUACCUUUGCAUCCCAGUCAGAGUAUAAACCAGAGUCCUUUCAUGGCCUAAAAGGACAUCGGUGACCUGGCCUCUCUCCUGUUUCUCCCUCCGUGCCCCCCCCACCAUCUGUCUUCAUUUACAUCCCAACCUUCUUUGUUCCUCCAAAACUCCUAGCCAUUUCCCAUUUUAUCUGCCUUUGCUCUUCCCAGCAAGCUCUGCCCCCAAGUGAUCGGGUGGCUUGUUCCCUCACUUUAUUCAAAUGCCACCACCUCAGAAAGGCCUUCUAUGACUACACUUUCUCAAAUAAGCUCCCAGCUCCCAAAUACACUCUCAGUCAUGCCCCCACCAUCAUUUUCUGUCCCCUUAUCCUCUUUACAUUUCCUUCAUAGCAUAUGUCACUACUUGACAUGUAAAUUAUUUUUUAUGCUUAGUUUAUUAUUUGUCUUCCUCUAGAAUGUAAAUUCUCUGAGGACAGAGACUGUCUUGUUCACUUCUAAAUGAUUACCUUCUGGACUAGCUGCCAGCACAUGGGAGGAUUUAACAAGUAUUUACUAAGUUGAAUGUGUGUUACACUUGAGCAGCCCCCUGUCUCCAAUUUCUCCUUUCUUUCUUCUUUCCUUUCUCAAGAAACAAAAUGAGAAACUAUUAUGUGAAAUCUAAUUGUAAUGUAUAAGCGGGAAAAAAAAAUCCUAUGGGAUACUCAAAGGAUCCAUAUUUUUGAACUGUAGUCACUUUCAGUGACAUUGUUCGGUUCUCACAAUGUAUCAUUCCUUAUCUGAAACUAGACAUCCUCUGCAGCCAGAAGAACAGGAAGUGGGCUUUGACCCCUUGUCAAGUUACUCAAACAAGUCUGGAGGAGAUUCAAAUAAAAAUGGAAGAAGAAGUUCUACUUUAGAUUCUGAUGGGACUUUUAAUUCUUAUAGGAAAGAAUGGGAAGAACUAUUUGUAAACAACAAUUACUUGGCAACAAUAAGGCAGAAGGGGAUUAAUGGGCAGCUGAGAAGCAGCAGGUUCCGCAGCAUUUGCUGGAAGCUAUUUCUUUGUGUUCUUCCUCAAGAUAAAAGUCAGUGGAUAACUAGAAUUAAAGAAUUAAGAGCAUGGUAUAGCAACGUUAAAGAAAUACACAUCACAAACCCGAGAAAGGUUGUUGGCCAGCAAGAUUUGAUGAUCAAUAAUCCUCUUUCACAGGACGAAGGGAGUCUUUGGAAUAAAUUCUUUCAAGAUAAAGAACUUCGAUCGAUGAUUGAACAAGAUGUCAAAAGAACAGCACUCUGUGGAGCGAACAGGAGAUGGAAACAUAGGUUUCCUGAAAUGCAGUUUUUCCAACAAGAAAAUGUGAGAAAAAUUCUUACAGAUGUUCUUUUCUGUUAUGCUAGAGAAAACGAGCAGUUGCUUUAUAAACAGGGCAUGCACGAGCUCUUAGCACCUAUAGUCUUUAUCCUCCACUGUGACCACCAAGCUUUUCUUCAUGCCAGUGAGUCUGCCCAACCAAGUGAGGAGAUGAAAACUCUCUUGAACCCUGAGUAUCUGGAACAUGAUGCCUAUGCAAUGUUCUCACAACUUAUGGAAACUGCUGAACCUUGGUUUUCUACUUUUGAGCAUGAUGGUCAAAAGGGAAAAGAAACACUGAUGACUCCCAUCCCCUUUGCUAGACCACAGGAUUUAGGGCCAACGAUUGCUAUUGUUACUAAAGUCAACCAGAUCCAGGAUCAUCUACUGAAGAAGCAUGAUAUUGAGCUUUAUAUGCACUUGAACAGACUAGAAAUUGCACCACAGAUAUAUGGGUUACGGUGGGUCCGGCUACUGUUUGGACGAGAGUUCCCCCUGCAGGAUCUUCUGGUGGUCUGGGAUGCCUUGUUUGCAGAUGGCCUCAGCCUGAGUUUAGUUGAUUAUAUCUUCAUAGCCAUGUUACUCUACAUCCGAGAUGCUUUGAUCUCUAGUAACUACCAGACCUGUCUUGGCCUUCUGAUGCAUUACCCACUAAUUGGGGAUGUACACUCACUGAUUCUUAAGGCUCUGUUCCUUCGAGAUCCAAAGAGAAAUCCAAGACCAGUGACUUACCAAUUUCAUCCAAAUUUAGAUUAUUACAAAGCACGGGGAGCAGACCUCAUGAAUAAAAGCCGGGCCAACGUCAAAGGUGCUCCCCUGAAUAUAAAUAAGGUCUCUAAUAGCCUGAUAAAUUUUGGAAGAAAGUUGAUUUCUCCAGCAAUGGCCCCAGGCAGUGCGGGUGGCCCUGUACCAGCGGGCAGUAGUGGAGGCUCCUCCACUGCUGUGCCUCCCACCAGGACCCUGGCAGAGGUCCCCAGGCAUCCCCUGCAGCAGCAGCAGCAGCAGCAGCAGCAGCAGCAGCAGAGACUGAUGAAAUCGGAAAGCAUGCCAGUGCAAUUGAACAAAGGACAGAGUUCUAAAACCAUCAGCUCAUCCCCGAGCACUGAAAGUUUGCCUGGAGGAAGGGAAUUCACUGGCUCCCCACCUUCAUCUGCUACUAAAAAGGACUCCUUUUUUAGCAACAUCUCCCGUUCCCGCUCACACAGCAAAACUAUGGGCAGAAAAGAAUCUGAAGAAGAAUUAGAAGCCCAGAUUUCCUUCCUUCAAGGACAAUUAAAUGACCUGGAUGCCAUGUGCAAAUACUGCGCGAAGGUGAUGGACACCCAUCUUGUAAAUAUUCAAGAUGUGAUAUUACAAGAAAAUUUGGAAAAAGAAGAUCAAAUUCUGGUUUCUCUGGCAGGAUUAAAACAGAUCAAAGACAUUCUAAAAGGUUCCCUGCGUUUCAACCAGAGUCAGCUGGAAGCUGAGGAGAAUGAGCAGAUCACCAUCUCAGAUGAUCACUACUGCUCCAGUGGCCAGGGCCAAGGCCAAGGCCAGAGCGACCAAACACCUGGGGCCACCAAGCAGUCCUCUUCAGAAACACCAGGGCGCACGGACAGAGGGAGCGCAGACGACUUCAUCCUGGUCUCCAGAGAAGACGACACGGGCAGCACCAAGGGGUCCUUCUCAGGCCAGGCUCAGCCUCUUCGCACCCUCCGAAGCACCUCUGGGAAAAGCGAGCCCCUGGCCCGCUCCCCUCUGGUGUUCUCUGACCCACUGAUGGGCCCAGCCUCAGCUUCCUCCAGCAACCCCAGCUCCAGCCCUGAUGAGGACAGCAGCAGCAACAGCAAGGACUCUGGCUUCACCAUUGUGAGCCCCCUGGACAUCUGACCACAGUGCCCUUGGCUUUCCUUGUAGGGACCGGCCACCCCCCUCAGCGGCCCCAGGGUCUGCCUGAGGCUCCCCCAGCGGAGACCCCUCUGAAACCAACACUUCCUUCCCAGCAGGCCUGUGGCCCUAGCGCAGCCCAUCGGAACCCUCCAGAGAGAGGCAGACGGGGCCACAGAGCACACAGACUGAUGUUCACCAGGAGGUAGACAGGGCUUUCGUGGCCCUUACCUCGUCCCACCCCACCCUUCCUCUGAGGUGGACCUGGGUUAAGUAUCCAGGAUCAUGCUCACUGUCAAAAAAAAGACCAAACCACAAUUAGAAUCACUUUUCCUCUGUCCUCUUCUCCCCAACUAAGAAUUAGGUGUGGCAACUCCUUUAAUUAUAACUAGAGAAGGAAGAAGAGUUGGUUUCAAAUCUUCCCUCCCUCAGAGCAUCAGGCGUAGGAAAAUCGAUUGAUAUCAAGAAGGCUUUCUCUCUGGAAAUCUGUAUCUCAGCGUCUUUCAUUCCUCCUUUGGGAAGCCAUACAGCAGAGCCAAAUACAACAGAAUGGACUAGAACUGGUAGAUUCCAGGCCUGGAAAAAACCCAUCACUGACCUUUCAGAAAGUUACAGCGAUCUUUAGAAACAGGGUCUAAACUUAGGAAUCCUAUUUCAGUGUGAUGGGAGUUAGAUUUUUUUCAUUUCUUAAAGAGUACAUUUCCAGACCUCAGGCCAGAUCGACUCUGGCCAUCACUGUCCCUCCUCAGACAACUGUAUUUCUCCUCUUAGGAUCUUUCACAACCAGAAAGCAAGGUCACGUUGAGCCAAUCUUUGCUGCACUGAUUUCAAAAGUUGUAACAAUAUUACUUCCUUGAAUUGGUAAAUGUGACCCUGACUUGUGGGAUAAACAUCUCUCAGUUUUCUGGUAAAGCCUCUGUAGCUUUGACGCUAGAAUACAUUUGUCACCUGUCAAUUGAGAAGUAAAGGGAAAAACCCAAACUCAUUCCCAUCCAGAGUCAGGAUCUCCCAUUGGCCUUAAAGUAGCAGUAACAGGGAACUAGACCUGGAGUCCCUUCUGGGGGAGCAGGGCUUCCCGCAGAACAUUCCAGAUGUCAGGAAGGUGUGGGAUUUCUGCACAGCCCUUCCUUGCUGGGAGCCAAGUGUAGGAGCUGCAGGGCCUGGGUUCGGUUGUGCACUGCGUCCCAGGCACCACCGCCGGGGCAGGACCAGGUCUGGCGUGGCUGCACCUUCCCGGGCUUCAGCACAGGGUAGGGAUUUGCGCUUUUCCAUAGGCAGCUUAUGGAAUCUCGAUGGGCAGAAAGCAUCACAGGAGCUGUUUGUCUCCUUAAGGAGAAGUCCCUAUAGAGGACACUUCCCCUCUCCUGUGCCCAAGCAGGAGUUCUGACAGGAGAGCCACAGUGCCCCUGCCCUGAGGUGACUGGCUCUUAGGGCCUCUCCUCUGAGGAUGGCGAGGCCUCUGGGCAGCGGAACCGGUCAUGCCCACGAGCGAAAAGCUAAGUUUGAAAGAACACACACCGUGUACAUCCUUCCCACUGCUAACCAUGUAUCUCUCUACAGACAAACGUGAUAAUGACCUCAUUUCCCACGUGCUCUCACUCUCCAAAAACUAGUGACGACUCGAGAGUCAGCUACUACAGAGAGGGUUCUAAGUAGCUCUAAGAUUUGUUCUUAACCUCUAGCAGGAAAAUCUCUGAACGCGUGAGCUGGAAGAGGAAUGACAACCCCGGUUUCGCUCAGAUAACAGGGUUGUUGGGCCUUCCAUGGUCACUCAAAGAUACGCUGAUGAGCGUCCUGAGUGGUCUGCCCAGCUCCCUGUGGGGGUGACUGAGUAAGUUACUGUGUGUCGCCUUGAAGACACUUUGUAUGCUCCCAAGGUCCCCAUGCAGUGAGUGGCCUUGCAGCUGCACCGGGUUGCCAUUAUUUUCUCUCCGAGGACCUGGUUUGGGGAGCUGUUGGUGUUUUCGGUUCUAAGGUAAGAAGCCUGGAGCCAUCCUCGCCAGGGCUCCAGGACAGUGGCUGGAAAGGGCCACAGAGCUGGCUGUCACCUCGCAGUGGCGGACAGCCGUCUGCUCGCUUCAAGCAUUUCCUUGGCCCUGAGAGCUAGAGUCGUGAUAGUCCAGUGUCAGUGGGCACACGGGAGCUGCCAGACAGCCAGCACCCUGACAGGGCUCUAGGCUACCUCCCUGCAGUCGCAGUCGGCUGGGUGUCUACGAGUCACUGAACACCCCCGGCCCGCCAGCACACCAGGGGCAGGUCCUCCGUUCUGUGCUUCCGUGUCUGUGCUACACGGGAAGUGACGGGGUCCCUCAGAGCUGUUGCUUCUGCGGUCCCCAGUGCGCUGCUCCCCCCUCCGAGGAAGGAGGCACGAGGGGGAGUGGGACGUGGGCAGUGCCACCCUCCACUUUCCAUAGAUCCAUGGGGUUUGAGAAUUGUAUUACUCUCAGUCGUUUUAAGUGACUUGUUAUUUUUCAUAGUCGAGCAUUGUUUGCAUUUUUAUUAGUUACAGUGCUAUUAAAAGAAUGUGUUCCUUUUUUAUUAUUUUAUCAGGUACUUCUGUUUCAUUGCACAUUUUUUUAAAUCCUGAAUAUAUGAAACCUUUUUAUUUUUCUUUAACAAAUAUAAUCAGUGGAACCCUCUCAUGUUUUGAUUAUUAGCAGUUAAAUAGAUUUUAUAUAUGUAAAGCUUAGAUGAAUUCUGUCAUCCACUUUUUUAAUAUGUGUGUCUGUGUUUCAUGCAUUCCUCUCUGAUCAGUUUGGAAAUUUGAGUUAAAUUUACUCUCUGUACAUUACAUAUGAGAGCUACAGAUUAGAGAAAGAAAGUCAUUAUGACUUUGCCUUACCUUUUGUAUACGCCAAGGGGUCUUAUAACACUUUAAACAUUUAAUUAUACUGGAUUCUUCUUCCAAAGGUGAUCUCCUGCAAAUGCUCACUUCUAACUGCAAUCUGGUAAGAAGUAAUACCACUGCGGAAUAAGUGUGACUAAAAAUACACCCGAGGCCUCCCUGUGCUUUGCCUUCUCUGCAUCUGACAGAGUUCAUUAGUCCUUCGGGUCUGAUUGCCCACAGCUAACACGAAGGACUCCUCCACUUUGUCAGAGACGAUGAACAAAUACAAAACUCAGUGGCAGUUACGUUGUCUCUUAAAGAUAGGUAAUCUGCCAGAGGUGACUUAAAUUUACUAUUUUUGUUUUCAUUUUAUUGUUUCCUUACGAAGUUGCCUCCAGGGGCUGUUGCAGAACCAGUGUUGCGGGGAGCAGGGGAGGGGCGAUGCAGGCCCUCCCAGUGGCUGUCCUGUGGAGGCCAGGCCAUGCCAUCAUUCCAUCCCCCUCCCCUGCAGGUGCACACCGGUCCCCGCCCCCAUGUGUACAGAACAGGGGCUCUGGGGGGCCGUGGGACAGGGAGAGGAGGCCGGGAUGAAUUAAGGACGGCACCUGGCAAGCCGAGCUUCCUUCUCACGGGCCAAAACCGCUUCCCCACCCCACCCCCCAUGUUACUUUCAAAAGCUCUCUUUUUAUAGUGUUGAAAAGAAAUCUAAAGUUCCUGUAAACAGGCUUGAGACCACUUUGAUGUAAAAGUUGUCAUAAUAAUUUGUCUCAUGAUGGCACAAUUCAUUUGACUUAUGGAAUAUCCUGUUGUGCCAUUUAUAUCCUAUUGCUUUGUUCUCAUUCAUCUUUAUGCUGUAACUCAUACUGAUUUAAGAAAUGACUUCUCCUUUUGGCAAAGUGAUCCCAUUAAAUACAGUUAUAAUAAAAGACUAAUGUGAAACUGA